AUGAAAUUUCCAAUCGAGACUCCAAGAAAACAGGUGAACUGGGAUCCUCAAGUGGCUGUUCCAUCACCAGUGCCAGCUUGUGAACCUGAGCCCAAAACUAACGGACAUUACCCAGCUCCACGACUCUCCGUUUCCUCCCGAGCCACUGUUGUUGUUACCAUGGAAGCCCCUUCUCAAGGCCUGCAGACAGUCAUGAAGUGGAAAACAGUGGUGGCCAUCUUUGUCGUGGUGGUAGUUUACCUGGUGACUGGAGGACUUGUCUUCCGUGCCCUAGAGCAACCCUUCGAAAGCAGGCAGAAGAAUACAAUCGCACUAGAGAAGGCUGACUUUCUUCGGGAGCAUGUUUGUGUAACCCAGCUAGAGCUGGAGACACUGAUUCAGCAUGCUAUUGAUGCUGAUAAUGCAGGAGUCAGUCCCAUAGGAAAUUCCUCUAACAACAGCAGUCAUUGGGACCUUGGAAGUGCCUUUUUCUUUGCUGGAACAGUCAUCACAACAAUAGGGUAUGGGAACAUUGCCCCAAGCACUGUUGGAGGCAAGGUUUUCUGCAUCUUGUAUGCCAUCUUUGGGAUUCCACUGUUUGGCUUCUUGCUGGCUGGGAUUGGAGACCAACUUGGAACCAUCUUUGGGAAGGGUAUCGCAAGGGUGGAAAAAGUUUUCAGAAAAAAGCAAGUGAGCCAAACAAAGAUCCGGGUGAUCUCUACCAUCCUCUUCAUCCUGGCAGGCUGCAUUGUCUUUGUGACCAUUCCUGCAGUUAUCUUCAAGCACAUCGAGGGAUGGACAGCCUUGGAGUCCAUUUACUUUGUGGUUGUCACUCUGACUACCGUUGGCUUCGGUGACUUUGUAGCAGGAGGAAAUGCUGACAUCCAUUACCGGGAGUGGUAUAAACCCUUAGUGUGGUUCUGGAUCCUUGUUGGCCUUGCCUAUUUUGCUGCUGUCCUGAGUAUGAUUGGAGACUGGUUAAGAGUCCUGUCCAAGAAGACAAAAGAAGAGGUUGGAGAAAUAAAAGCCCACGCAGCUGAGUGGAAAGCGAAUGUGACAGCUGAGUUCAGAGAGACACGGAGGCGGCUCAGCGUGGAGAUCCACGACAAACUUCAGCGGGCAGCCACCAUCCGGAGCAUGGAGCGCAGGCGCUUGGGCCUGGACCAGCGAGCCCACUCCUUAGACAUGCUCUCUCCAGAGAAGCGCUCUGUCUUUACUGCCUUGGAAACAGGACGCUUCAAGGCCUCAUCUCAGGAAAGCAUCAACAACAGGCCUAACAACCUGCGCCUUAAAGGGUCAGAUCAGCUCAACAAGCAUGGGCAGGGGGCAUCCGAGGACAACAUCAUUAACAAGUUUGGAUCGUCUGCUAAGAUGACCAAAAGGAAAAACAAAGACCUCAAAAAGACCAUCCCUGAGGAUGUGCGUAAAAUUUACGAGACCUUCCGAAACUACUCCUUGGAUGAAGAAAAAAAGGAAGAGGAGACAGAGAAGAUGUGUAAUUCUGAGAACUCUUCUAGCACUGCAGUCCUGACCAACUGCAUCCAGCAGCACUCAGACCUGGAGAAUGGAGUGAUCCCCAAUGAAACCAAAGAAAGGGAACAUGAAAACAAAGCGUUACUUGAAGACAGAAAUUAA